CCUUGCAUUCCGCAGCCCAGUGAUGGAGCACGUUGCGCGUCGGGCAUCCUCGCUGGAAGAGCUACAAACCGAAGUUCAGCCAGAGCUGUUGCGGGGGGUACCUCUCGAUGUGUGCUUGAGUGGAAAUGGCCAGCACUUUGCCCGACCAGAUCCCGGAAUGUUUAAGGUGGAUGUCAACCUCUAUCGCCUGAGUCGGCAGACGAAACGUUUCAAAGCCUUCUUGAGUCACGACUGGAAUACCUCUCGUUGGUUGAAGCUGCUGUCUUUGCUAGUGAUCUACAACUCCAGAGCCGCUUUUGUCUCCUCGUUGUUGGUGACAAUCUGCGUGGGCGUUUUGCAGGCGGCUCAUCUCAUCCCCAAAGUCUGGUGGACGACGUCUUUGGUCUUUGCUGUGUUUCCCUUCAUGUUCUGCUUCUGGCAGCGGAUUCGUUCAUUCCUGCGGAUUCCUGUGGUAGUGUUCUUCGACAAACUUUGCAUUCCACAACAUGAUGAGGAACUGAAACGCAAUGGCAUCUUUGGAUUGGCGGGUUUCCUGGACCAUGCAGAUGAGCUCACCAUCUUGUGGUCUCACCGCUACUUCAGUCGUCUUUGGUGUACAUAUGAGAUCAGCACCUUUCUCAGGGACAGCGAGAAGCCAAAGCCUAUCUUGGUGAUGCCGGUGAAACUGGCUGUGGUCCUGGUGAUCUUUUCAGCUGCAAUGCAUGUGGUGAUGCUGGGAUUCAGCAUUCUGGAAGAGCUCCGCAACUCCUAUGGAUGGGAAUUAAACUCCGUUUCUGCACUUCCUGAAGGUAGAAUGCGGGACAUGUUCAACAAGAACGCCUUGUACCUUCCAUUCUUGGGACCUGUCAUGCCGCUGCUGUACUACAUUGGGAUUGGGAUGAUGGAAGAUUUGGCGGCCCUUCCUGACCAGCUCAGCAAAUUCCGGGUGCAGGAUGCAGGAUGUUUCUGCUGUGCCAAUGGCCAUCGCCAUCCUGACACCGGCAAGGAGCUUCCCUGCGAUCGGCUGCUCAUUUUCAAGAUGUUGAAACGGUGGUAUGGCAAAGUUGGGGACCGCAAAGAGCAGUGGCAGCAUUUGGAGCGCUUCAAUCAGCUAGUGCAGGAGGAACUUGCUUCCAAAGUUUUGCGGAAGAUGGGAAGCGAUAUGCUGCCGUGGAAUUACAGCUUCUAUAUGCUCAUUCCAGGAGUGUUGCCGGACAUUUCAGCUUUGAUUCCUGAAAUCGUGGCUGGCAACCCGGAGCUGAGCAGCACCUCUCAGCAGGUCAUUUGGGCCUUGAGGCUGCUGAUAAAAUGGAGCAUGCAUGGCAUUCUUUGUCUCAUCUGGAUUCGCACCUCCAUGCGGAUCUGGUUGCUGGCUGUGCGCUACAUGCCACAUUGGUGUAGCAACUACAGGGUCCGUACGGCGUUUCUCCUUACGAUGCCAGCUGGUUUCGGGUUGACGCUGGUACUGUUCUCACAUGACAUUCUCAUGGUCAUUUCACCAGACGACAGCAUCCUCCCGUUGAUCCCGGUUGCAUUUUGGCUUCUCCUCCUUUGCGGCUUUUGGUCUCAGAGCUCGCAUGUGCUCACCGAGGCCAUCCUUACAGCCUCCCAGGGGCUACGGAGCCACUGCAUCGAAGCGCCGCAGGAACCGGAGCAAGUGGAGGACGCUGCGAAGGACGAUGACAGCGAUUCAAGAUGGUCUGUUUAGACAUGUUUUUUUGGGGGUCCCAAGAGAUUUCCACAAUUUGGGGUGAAACAUCACAUCCAAAAUAGUGGUUGAAGAGUGUUUUGCUCCAACAAGAGGUGACAUUGAUGGAGGAAACCAGGCUGGGACCCUGGAAAAGUUAUAUAUAACAUUAUAAUACAUUAUAUAACUUAUAGCCUUGCUUGAACCCACAUCCAUAGAUAGUUUGGCGGAUCGCUCAACAAAGUUGCUGCGAAAACCCACCCAAGAAGCUCUACAAGCAGGUGAGAACAAUGCUGCACAGGCGGCUUAUACUGUGAAGACAGUUGCAUCCUGCAUCUCUUUGUAUUUUUUUGGGGUUUGUAACGCAUUUCUGGCGAUGGCAUGGCAGUGAAUUUGAAGUAACUUUAUCCGUCUUUUUGUUGCAGAAUGACCCUCAGGAGUGCACAAGCAUUGAUUUAUAUACAUCAAUGCAAUGUUUCUCAUCCACAGGCCUCAGCGACCUUGUCCCUUAAGACUCAACCAGUAGAGUCAAGGCAUUUAACUAAAAGAUUUGAAGGUUCCUUCAAUGCACCCAGAAAAUGCCAAACCCAUCAGACGCGGAAUUUUCGCGUCCGGCUCAAGACUCAACUGCACCUUUCGCUGGUGGUUUGCCUUACCUAGUCUUGGCAAGUAAAUGUAAAUACUGCGACAGAGUCACACUCUGUCGAUUUUUGCAAACCUGCGCAGUGUUGAAAAAACCCAACUUGGCUUCAAGUUUAUAGGGGAUGAUACUGAUUAUACUCUCCUUUUUUUUUGUUCAUCAUCCAUAAACAUGCAUAAACUGGUAAUGCUGUGUUAAACCAAGCAGGUUUCUUUGACACUGAGCUGAGAAGAUGACCGGAAAUGACUUGGCAGAGUUCUGCGAGAAAUGACUAGGCUAUAGCUUUGGCUGUCCCGGGGCCAACCGAGGCAUCGCAAAAGCUACAGAAACUGCUGUUGACAUGGC